AUGGACAAAUUUUUAUUGAGACCUCAGAAAAAUGAGAAAGAGAAUCAUAGCAAACAAGAUGAACACCAGAAUAAAAAGUUCACCGCUUCAAAACGAAAAUAUAAUGAAAAUUACAUCCAAUAUGGUUUCAUAUUAUUGGAAAAAAAAAACAACUCGGUUCCUUUUCGUAUGAUUUGUUUAACAACAUUCUCAAAUGAAGCGAUGGUUCCCAGUAAAUUUCAGCGUCAGUUAAUAAGAAAUCGUCUGCAACAAAAGGACAAACCAAAAGAAUACUUUGAGAUGCUAAAAAAUGAUUUAAAAAUUCAAUCAAAAAGGAUGAAAAAAUUUCACUCAAUUCCUGAGAAAGCUCAAAUCGCUAGUUACAAGAUUGCCCAGCUUUUAGUGAAGAAGGAAAAAAACCACAUUCUGAUGCCGAAAACAUUAUUUACCAGCCUUGGAGAUCGCCAUUGGCACAAUGAUUAUUGA